UUUAGCUUGAGCCUGGUUAGCAUUUUGAUGGGUGACCCAUAGGGAUGGCCAGGUGCUGUAGGCAUGGCACUGUCAGGUGGCCAGUAGAUGGCAGUUCCGUUCCUCAACACAGGAUCCUCCGAAAAAAAAAAGAUUCAUCAAGGUUUUGUUUUUGGUAAAUAAUUUCCGUUAAUAUAUUUAUAAUUAUUAAUAGAUGGGUGAUUGUCAUGACACUGAGAGAGACAAUGAGACAAACAUGAAGUCUUACAUAUGCUGUGCUCCCCUCAUUUGAAUUCAGCCUCAAACGUAAUGUGAGGCUUUGUGUUAAUCGAAUGUGGCUUGAUGUGAUUUGGCUUCAAUUAUACGCUAAUUUUAAAUAAGAGAAUGGGGUACAAUAUUUAGGUCUCGAAAGCCCAAUUCUUGAGCAGAAGUAAUGAAAGUAUUUUUUACCAGAAAUAAUCAAACGUAUAUUAAAUCAAAGACCACUGGGAUAUGCAAGCAUUAUUUUAAAGGGGAAUCAUGAUUUGCUUAAUGCUUGAAUCACUCAUGUGCUAUGAUCUACAGUUGGAUGGGGAGCGGGUGACGCCCCCACUGGUGUUACCGGGGAUGCACGUGUCUCUGAGCGGCUCAUACCUUGUGCUCAUGACCAACUUCAGCCUCAAGGUUCGAUUCGAUGGGCACCAUCAAGUGGAGGUGUCUGUACCAAUGGAGUACGCUGGGCAGCUCUGUGGACUCUGCGGAAACUUUAAUGGUGAUAUUGAUGAUGACUUACUCAUGCCAAAUGGGUCAUUGGCUGCUUCCGAAACCAAGCUGGGAAACAGUUGGAUAUCAGAUAACAGCUCAGCUGAGUGAGUGAUCACUCGCCCAUUUUGCAUCUUCGUGUAAAAUAUUAUUCAUGAAAACUGCACUUUCUGUUUGCUUUCUGUUUUUUUAGACAGUUUCGCUGGUGUUAAAUUGCUGCACACCA